AUGGUGGAGUUGAAACGUACGCUGGACACCAACGGCCACUGCGUGCUGGAGAUGCCGAUGGGCACGGGCAAGACCAUCACACUGCUGUCACUCAUCACAUCGUACCAGAUGGCGCGCAAGGGCACGGGCAAGCUCGUGUAUUGCCCGCGCACCGUGCACGAGAUGGAGAAGGCGCUCGCCGAGCUCCGCCUGCUGCACGCCUACCAGCAGACUGCGCUCGCAGGGAAGCCGCCGCCGCCGCCGGCGCGGGGGGAAACAGCGCAGGGGGGAAAGGCGCGAGCGGAGUUCGAGGCAAAGGAUGCAGAGAGGCUGAAGGAGGAGUACCAACGACUGGUGGAUGGACUGGCGCAGAGAGGCAACCUGCCAGCUAACCAACCAACCAUCUACUCUCUCAUCAACUCACCCUACCCACCUAUCUCCCCAUCCGCACCAGCCCGCCAAUCAGCAUCGGACAUGCGGCUGGCAAACCCACUGCUGCCAGCGGACAUCCUACAGGAGGCGAUGCCGGGCAACAUCCGCCAUGCCGAGCACUUCCUCGCCUUCCUGCGCAGAUUCCUCAGCUACCUGCAGACGCGCCUCAACACCACGCGCGUCGAGUCCGAAGGGCCCCUCGCCUUCAUGCAUGCCCUGCAGGCGACGACGGGCAUAGAGAGCAAGAGUCUGCAGCUGUGCUACGACCACCUGCAGUCGCUGGUGCUGACGCUACAGGUGGCGGAGGUGGACGAGAUGGGUCACGUGCAGUGCGUGUGUGACAUCGCCACGCUCGUGGGCACGUACACGCGGGGCUUCGCCAUCAUCAUCGAACCCUAUGAUGAGCGACAGCCACAACUAGCUGACCCCGUGCUGCAGCUCUCUACUUCCUCUCCCCUUCGCCCCACCCCUCACCACCCACCUUGCCUGCAGCUGAGCUGUCUGGACGCCUCACUGGCCAUCCGGCCCACCUUUGAGCGGUUUCAGAGUGUGAUAAUAACGAGAAGCAUGCUGAGCCCCAUCGACCUGUACCCGCGCCUGCUCAACUCCACCCCGUCUGCAUCCGCUCCCUCUCCAUGUCGCUCUCGCACGACUGCCUCUGCCCGCUCGUCGUCACACGUGGCAGUGUCAUUCCUGAACCUUACUAACUCUGUUGAACCUGUUGGCCCUGCCCCCACCAGCGACCAUCUGCCUCUCAGCACGCGCUUUGAUAUGCGCAGCGACCCCGGUGUCGUGCGCAAUUAUGGCCGCCUGCUCGUCGACAUGGCCGGGUGCGUGCCGGACGGCAUCGUUUGUUUCUUUGUAAGCUACGCAUACAUGGACGGCAUCAUGAACAGCUGGAACGACAUGGGCAUCCUCAAGGAGGUGAUGGAGCACAAGCUGGUGUUCAUCGAGACACAGGACGUGGUGGAGACCACGCUCGCCCUCGACAACUACCGCCGCGCCUGUGACUGCGGUCGCGGAGGGGUCUUCUUCUCCAUCGCCCGGUGA